CAGAGAAGAAGAGGAAGCUGUACGCGAUGGAGUCAGUGUUGGAGUUCGUGGCUCUCAGAAACCAACCCGGUAUUCAGACUAUGGCCACCAUCUUUUUCACUUUCCAUAGCCUGUUCCUUAUGGGACAGUUGUUUGCCAUCAUGGGCAGUACAGACGUCAUGAUGCACCUGAAGUUGGCCUCCAUCGACACGUCAAUUCUAGAGAUGUGCUUGGUGCUCGUGCCGCGAAUGCUGAUGCUGUUCGCCACCAUCGUCGUGGACCUGCUGCUCGUUAUCGGCAUUGAAGACGAUUCGCAAUCGGCGAUGAAGGUCUUCGUCAACUGGACAGCCUUAGAUGUCCUCGUGGACUCCCUCAUCUGCAUAAGCGUCGUUGUGCUCAAGAGCAACCGACUCAACGUUAAAAUACUCCUGGGCCUCCUCGGAGCCUACAGCACUUUCCUGGUUGCAAAGGGAGCAUGCGCCUACCAAGUUCGCAAAUAUGCUCGAGCAAGAUUAGAGAACUCGUCGCCGAAAGCGGGAGAGCACGAGGAACACCGCAGCGACGACAUGGAAGCGACGACCAGCUUCAUCAAAAGCGUCCCCACAUCCGACUCUGCGGCCUCAUCGCCGUUAGAUCCGCUCCACCGUCGGCUGUCAAGGGUCGCGAACACGACCUUGGAGACUCCAUAACCUUGGAGGAAGCGCACUGAGGGCGACGGCGUCGCUCACUACUCUAUGCACAGUAAAUGCGGUUCGAAGCUUAUAUGAAUACAAUGAAAAAACAGUGUAAGGUCAACGUAAUGUCCACUGACGUGGUUGAGGAAG